AGACUUUGAGCUUCUCUCUCCGUGUAUAUAUAUAUAUAUAUAUAUAUAUCACUUUGCAAUUGCAAUCUCUUACCGUUCCUGUUUAUCCCAGUUUUGCGUCAAUCUCACACUGCAAUAAAAAUUGAAAUUUGAAACAAGUAUUGGAGGUGAGCGAGGGGUUUGAAAACAUGGCGAAGGGUUUGAUAUGGGCAACGGCAGAGGAUUUGGCGAUGAACAGAGGACAAGUUCUGUGUCUGUAUCGCCAACUACUUCGCAGCCUCAACUCCCCAAAUCUGCCGCUUUCUUUCGCUGCAAGACUCGCCAAGAAGGCAGAGCUCCGUGCCAUCUUCGUCGUCGCUUCUGAAGAGCGUUCUCUCCAUAACAUUCAAGACCUUAUGGAUGCUGCUCACUACUCACUCUCACUCUUAAGAAAAGGCGAAAUUCCCAAAUACAUCCAAUGAGUGUUCUAAAGGCGGAGGAAAAAAAGGUUCUAAAUUUAUUACAACAUAUGAAGUGCUAUAAAGGACUGGAAUUUAUGGCAACAACAAGCUGGUUUUGGAAAAUAGAACUUUCAGGAAAAAGCUAACUAAGUUGAGAAGUUUCGAGUUUGUUAAUUUAAGAAGAUCAGGCUGUUACAAUUAUGGCUUUUUUUAGGAGCUAAUAGUUUGUUUUCUGUUGAACGGAAAUUGGGUGGAGUUUGAGCUUAGCCUGGCCUCAUAAGACAUAAGUCCCCUAACUUGAUAGUUUGUUGCUACUUGCUAGGUCUGGCCUUUUAAAUCUGAUUCCUAAAGUCUAUGUUCAUCUUGAAAACACUCUGUAUAAGGGACUAAAACCUUUCUUGUCUAGACAGCAUUUAAAAGCUAUCAUCCUUCUGUGUUGGAUAAUCUGUCAUAAUUUUGUAUUAACUCUUUGUCUGUCCAUGGUAAAAGCUGUGGUUUAUUUCAAGAUAGUGAUUGUACUAAUUGAUUCUUCAGUGUCUUGGAAAUGAAGCGUAGGAAAAUUAAAAUGUAUUUCAAAAAGAAGCAAAGGGUGGACAUGGUAUGCAGUGGAUAAACAAAAAUUAGUCAUGCUUGAAAUAUAGGAAGAAGGAAAGGGCUGGAGAUGUAGCUAUUUGACUGCUCUGUUUGAUACUAAUAAGAUGUGCUUGCUCUUUGGUUCAUUAUAGAUCAAUUCCUUCUGGUUAUAUUGAUUGUUGAUAAUCGAAAUAAUUGUCAAAUUAACAAUAAAAUAAAAAAAAUUGUAAAUUUUCUCAACUAAGGGGGAGCUUUCUUUGGAACUUAAUUAUGCUGACCAAAUUGUCUGACUUUUGGAACUCAGCCAUUCCAAGUGGUACACCACCAUAUCACAUUCUAAUAGAUUUUAGAAGCUUGUGACUCAUUGUUGUGAAGGCACUUGUUUCCUUCACUUUGGUUGAAGAUAGAGUGAUUCCUCUAUUUACAUUGCUGACUUUUGU